AUGUCGGAAAGUGAAGAAUCGGAAAUAUCUAACGUAGGCGUGCAUAGUGCUGGCGUUUCAGUCUCGCGUGACACCGGUACCAAAGUUGACCUCAUUCUCAGAGUGGGUGGCCUACGGAAGCGACGCAGUUUUUUUGCAUCACUUGUAAGCGCCUUCAAGAAACCAUCUGAUCCUUCGAAAAUGUGUUCAAAUGCUACGUUUACUAUGUUCAAUUUAACAAGUUCAUCACUACACUUUUCCAUUGAUGUACAAAGUGAACGGCGAGAAAAACGGAAAAAAGGCAAUACGAACCGUGUAGAUACUUAUACGUGUUCCAUUCGGAAAUUUCCAAGCAAUGUGAAUCCUAAUUCGGCGGAAUUUGAGAUAAUGGAACCAGCGAGUGGGAAUUGCUUUAUUUUGUUGAGUCUAAUGAAAAUUGACAAUUUGGCAACAAACUGGAAAGAAUUUCAAGACACAAACGGGACAAUAGACGUAUCUUCUCUUUGA